UCUUUUUCUUUUUGCCACAUUUGCACACUCAAACACACACAUUUAUUAUCAUCGACGACGAUUCGGAUAAGCCGAAAAUAUCGGUUGUAAUUGAUUAAAGUAAAUAUAUCGAUAAAUAUUCUGUCAAAAAUUUUAGCUACAACAAUCGAUGUAUCAAUUCGUGUGGUGAUAUAUAUCAUUGUAGGUCGUGUGGCAGGAAUUUUUUUAAACUUUUCUUUUUUUUUUGGUCAUCAAAACAAAACUAAUAAUGAAUAUUAUUAAUGUUUUGUUCAUUAUAAUGGCCAUUUAUUGUCCAUUUGGUCAUUCGAUAAGAUUUUUAUUACAACCGAAUACAAAAAGAUGUUUGAAAGAAGAGAUGCGUAAAGAUGUUCUAGUUACCGGUAAUUAUUCACUCAGUGAUUCACCUGGUGUUCGAACCGAUUUAAUUAUAACCGAUACGAAAGGACAUGCCGCUUUUAAUCGUGAAAAUAUUGAUAAAGGAAUAUUUGCCGUCAAUUCGGAUGAAGAUGAUAUAUUUGAUUUUUGUUUUAUAUCAUAUUUUCAAGCGGCACAUCAAAUGCCACAAGCACGUGAAGUACAUAUUGAAAUGAGACAUGGUAUUGAAGCAAAAAAUUAUGAUCAAGUUGCGGCCAUAUCUAAAUUGAAACCAUUAGAAUUGGAAUUACAAAAAUUGGAUGAUCUAUCCGCUGCAAUUAUUGGCGAUUUUGAAUAUAUGAAAAAACGUGAACAAGCUAUGCGCGAUACUAAUGAAUCAACAAAUGCUCGAAUAUUUUAUCUAAGCAUAUUUUCAAUGUUAUGUUUACUUGGUUUAGCUAUCUGGCAAAUUAUUUAUCUACGACAAUUUUUCAAAGCUAAAAAAUUGAUUGAUUAAUUUUUUU